AUAAACUUAAUUAUAGCUAUCUCCACCAAUAUUAUUCUAUCUUUAGUACUCAUUUCAGUUGCAUUCUGACUACCACAAUUGAACACCUAUACAGAAAAAGCAGGACCUUACGAAUGCGGAUUUGAUCCUAUAAGCUCCGCUCGCUUACCCUUCUCUAUAAAAUUUUUCCUAGUAGCCAUUACUUUCCUAUUAUUCGAUCUAGAAAUUGCUCUUCUCCUUCCACUUCCAUGAGCUAUACAAUCCAUAACCAUCAAUAUAAUACUAACCAUCUCAUUCCUAUUUCUAUCUAUUCUAGGACUAGGUUUAGCCUAUGAAUGAAAGCAAAAAGGAUUAGAAUGAACAGAAUAA